ACAACUGCAAACCCAACGCCACCAUUUUUUCUCUAUCAUCCAUCUCGUCUCAUUUUUUUUUUUUUUUUUUUUGAUAAAUCCAUCUCGUCUCCUCACUGUCUAUUUUUUGGUAAGCAGUGCUAGCGCUUGCGUCUUACAAUUUCCAUCCAUUGUUAAAAGCAGUCGUCUCUUUUUUAUUUUUUUGAAUUGAUUCAGUCGUACCAUCCCUCCUUUUCCAAAGGGCGAACCACCGAGUACUAGCUACUACUCGGGAUUAUAAGUCAUACAUCAACACAGAAACCGCGUUCCCCUUCUUCCUCAACCUUUCCCUCGAACGGAAGAACUUUUUUAGUUUUACUCACUCUAUGUUGUCUCCCUCUCCAUCGCUAUCGGCAAAUCUCCUCCCCAGAUUCUCUUUUUCUUCUUCUUCUCUUCACUUCCCUUUUCGAUCCCGAAUCUGUUGUAGAAGAUUGUUUUCCACUUGAUCUCAGGGAUGUCACUGGCUUAAUCGGGUAUCGUAUCGGUUCCUUCCAACCUCAAUGGCUGAAAACGGAGAAGACAAACUCAUAGCCUUUGCUAGCCACAUCGCCAAGUCUCUAGGGCAGACCGACACCAUGGCCGAUGACUUCCUCCAGAUGUUCUCCAACUUCGACGGCCGCUUCUCCCGGGACAAAUUCUCCGAUGAUCCCCGAAGCUACGCUGCCUUGGACCAGACUCUCAAAUCGCUUCACCUGCGGAUCUCCCGGUAUGUGUCCUCUGACCACCACCACCAACGGCCCAUCUGGUCCGAUUCUGCUGAUGCUGCCGCCUUCCUCGACGCCGUAGAUGAAGUACUCUCCACCAUUAGGGAUUGGGAUUCCUUGGCCUUCGAGAAACCCGUCGCCUCCUGCUUAGAUCGUCUCGACGAACUCCUCCAGCAGUCCAUGUUUCGCCUUGAAGAUGAGUUCCGAUUGCUAAUCAAAUGGAGCGCAGAGGCGUUUGACCUCAGUCGACCAUGCGAAAAUUUUGAUAUCACUGGGACUCGGAAUUUCUCGUUCGACUCCGACUCCGACGACAACGACGAUGAAGAUGGGUACAGUGACCCCAACGGAGAGGGAGAGGAGAGUAUUCCCAUCGCCCACCCGGUCUCAGAUUACGAUGUCUUGAUUGAUGCGCUUCCCUCGGGGACCAUCAACGAUCUCCACGAAAUUUCUAAGCGAAUGGUUGCCGCUGGGUUUGGCAAGGAGUGCUCCCAUGUCUACAGUAGCUGCCGAAGAGACUUCUUGGAUGAGAGCGUCUCCAGGUUAGGGCUUCAGAAGCUGAGCAUCGAAGAGGUUCAGAAAAUGGAGUGGUCGGAACUCGAAGACGAGAUCGAGCGUUGGAUCAAGGCUUCCAAUGUGGUACUUCGGAUUCUUUUCCCCAGCGAACGGAGACUUUGUGAUCGGGUAUUCUUUGGCCUCUCCUCGGCUGCCGAUCUCUCUUUCAUGGAGGUCUGCAGGGGAUGCACGAUCCAGCUCUUGAAUUUCGCUGACGCGGUUGCCAUUGGGAGCAGAUCCCCCGAACGCCUCUUCAAAAUCGUCGACGUCUUUGAUACCCUAAGGGACCUGAUGCCCGAAUUUGAUGCUCUGUUUUCUGAUCAGUACUGCUUGUUUCUCCGAACUGAAGCGGCCACCAUCUGGAAAAGGCUCGGUGAAGCAAUCAGAGGGAUCUUCAUGGAAUUAGAGAAUCUGAUCAAACGAGAUCCUGCGAAGGCCGCAGUGCCCGGUGGUGGCCUUCAUCCGAUCAAUAGGUACGUGAUGAACUACCUCCGCGCUGCCUGUGGAUCACGCCAGACCCUUGAACAGGCUUUCGAAGAAAACUUUCCCUAUGCGGGAGAUUACAGGAACUAUGAUAACAUCGAUCGCUCAACGUCUUCGCCAUUAUCAGUUCAAAUGGCUUGGAUCAUGGGGCUCCUAGAGAGUAAUUUAGAGGCGAAAUCCAAGAUAUACCUAGACCCGGCUCUAAGCUCUGUUUUCUUGAUGAACAACGGUAGGUACAUCGUUCAGAAGGUGAAAGAUAGCGAAUUGGGUUCUCUGCUUGGUGAAGAUUGGAUUCGUAAACAUACUGCGAGGGUCCGUCAAUGCCAAGUGAACUACCAGAGGAACUCAUGGAGCAAGAUUUUGGCGAUGUUGAAGAUGGAGGGUGGCUCACUUUCGAAGCUCAAGGUCUUCAAUUCGCAGUUUGAGGAGAUAUGCAAAGUGCAGUCAACAUGGGUUGUGGCUGAUGAGCAGCUUCGGAGAGAGCUUAGGAAUUUUGUUGCCGAGAAUCUACUGCCAGCGUAUCAGAACUUCUUAGGAAGUUUGCAGAAUGCUCCUGGAGUAAAGAGGCAUACAGAAAUUGAGGCUCGGAUUAAUGAGUUGUUCCAAGGAAGUAGUGGUGGGUCUGCAGGUAGCCGGAAAUGAGGGAAGGAGACGGGAGACAACUGUUGUAUGUUAAUUUGUUAGGUCUUUUUUUUUUUUUUGUGGGGGUUGGGGGGGUGGGGGGGGGAGUGUGAAAAACAGGGCUUUUACAAUGCUGAGUGAUUGCUGCUUUUGUAUUUGUUUUUGUGUUGCCAAAUAGUUUGUUCAUAACACCA